GUAGACACGUGUUCUUACAUUCGGCAAAUUUGUAGACAUGGAGCCAUAUACAGUAAGCUUGCAGCUACCAUUAAUUAGCUAAGCAGAUCAAGAAAUGGAGAAAGAAAAACAAGAACGGAAAAUGGAAAACCAGCAAAAAAAUAAAGAUCACGGCAAGAAAGAGAGCACAGUUGAAGGUCUGCCGAUGAAGGAAAGCCCUUACAUGCAAUACAAAGAUUUAGAAGAUUACAAGAAAAAAGGGUACGGAACUGAAGGUCAUCUUCCACCCCAGCCCGGCCGCGGCGCCGGAGCCACCGAUGCUCCUACUCUUUCCGGUGGCUCCGUGCCGAGAGAAGCUGACGUUUCUGCCAUUGAUGCUGUAGCUAAUAAUCCUACUCCCUAGGUUUGAAAGGAAUUUUGUUUGCUUAUGUAUUGCAUCUUCUUCAAUAAGACUAGUAGUGAUUAAUUUGUUUAUCCUUUUUUAAUUAAUAAAGGUUAAUUAAGCUUUCUAUA